AUGGUGUUGGGGAACCACAAGAAGAACACACCGGCGGAUUUAAACACAUUUUUCAAUUCACCUUUGUUUACCACCGCGAAGACGAGGAGUAACACUACUAAUAUUACUACCAAUGAAAACGACGAAAACGAUUAUGAUUUCUCGCGUUGUUUCCCGUUUAAACCGUCGCCGAAUAACGCGUCGAAACCGGAGACGAAGAAACGAAAGAGUUUAGUAAAAGAAGAGGAUGUGAUUAUUACGACUGAGAGAAAGAAGAAAAAGAGGAAGUUUGAAGAGUUCGCGAGCGCCGACGACGAGCGUCACGAGGACACCAUUGUCUUUCCUUUCGUCGCGAAUGCGUCGUCCUCGUUGAAGAAACAGAAGAAAAAGACAAAGUCUGAUGCGAGUGGUGAAGAAGAACGCGUCGAGGACGACGUCGCGAGGCCAUCAGAUCCUCCUCCAAAUGGUGUUGGUUUCGCAAAAGGCGGGAACGCGAAAGAGCAAACGAUAGAGAAAAUGGUCUUCGAUGCGAGUAAGACGACCUUUACGGACUUCGACAAGAGGAAGAAACCGACGACGACGACGACGAAAAGGUAUAAGAAUUUUAGUAAAGGAAACAACAACAACAAAAUCGGGAGUAAGAAGAAACCGCCGCCUUUUGCGGCGGCUUCAUCGUUUAACGUCGCCGCCGCGGUGGCGAAGAAGAAAGCGCAAAUAGAAGUUUCGGCGAAGAAAGCGCAAGAAGUCGGGUUCGGGUCUUCGGCGAGGAAGCCAGCGGCGGCGUAUUCCGGGAUCGUAUCGUCAAACUCGGCUUCGAAGAAAGGAGUAGGUUCUUCGGUUUCGGCGGCGAAGAAAGAGCGCGGUAAAAGGAGUAGCGGCUUUAGCGGUGCGUCGUUCGAAGUUCAUCAAAAACAACAACAACAGCAUCAACCGAAAGAACAACAACCGAACGAGUUUCAGAAAAUGAUACAGAAAGCGCGAGAGAACUUGAGAGAGAGUUCAAAAAAGGGUUUACAUUCGCCUCAACCGGCGGCGGCGGCGGUUUAUCAUCGCCCCGUUUUCGUCGCCGCGCAAAAUUCGGGCAAACACCAAAGGUUCGCCUCGCCGCCAUCAAUACCGAAGAGUAAGACGAAUAUAACGACGACUCCUAAGUUCCCAAUCAACCAAACCUUCGUCUCCGCAGCACAAGCGAUGAAUCAAAACAAUAACAAUAGCAAACAAGAAGAGCACCACCACCACCCUAAUAAUAACAAUAACAUCGUCGACAUCGUCGCCAGAGCGAAACAAAAGACGUAUUUACCGUCCACCGCGGAGAAAGCGAAGAAGAAAGCGAAAGAAACGUACGAGAAAAAGCGCAUCGACGCAGAAAGAAAAGAAAAGCUCGGGCAACUCCGCGAGUUAGACGAGACUUUAUCCUCAAAAACGAACAUCAUCAUCGCGCCGAAAGACGACGAGAAGAGUGAGAAGAAUAAGAGGAACAUGUACAACAAUAACAACAACAGAGUGUUCGGCGGCGCCAUGACGAAGGCGCAAAAGGCGCACAUGGCAGCCACGGAGUGGGAACCUUUAUGA